GAAUAAAAGUGUACUAGAUUGUCCUGAAAGAACAGAGUUAAAAGGCAAAUACAGUAAAUGUGAUUGUGUUAAUGAAUAACUCUAGGGGCAGGCUAGUCUCAUGUUGGUCGGUUACUUUUGACUAAAAGCAGCUCUAGAAGAGGCAAAUGGCUCAGAGGCAUUUCGAGGGGAAAGAGCAUGCUGAAUCUUACCAGCGGUACCGGGUUUCUCCUCCUCAGGAACUCCUAGAUGAAGUGUUGAAUUUCCUUCGAAAGAGAAUCCAGGGCUAUCUUGAUCUGGCAGUGGAUGUGGGCUGUGGAUCAGGACAGGGCACUGAGCAUCUCGCCCCUCACUUUCUCACUGUGGUCGGGACAGAUGUCAGUCCAGCUCAGCUGGAGAUAGCUAGUGCCAAAGAGCAUGCACCAAAUGUGUGUUACAGACGGAGCCCUGCAGAGGAGUUGCCCUUUGAGGACGAUGUGGCUGACUUGGUUACAUCCAUGUCAGCCGCUCACUGGUUUGACCAUCCACGCUUCCUGCGGGAGGCAGACAGGAUUCUGAGGCCAGGAGGCUGCCUCGCUCUGCUCAGCUACACCAUGGAUUUUGAGCUGGAAUAUGGAGAAAGCACCUCCAAACUCAAUGAAAUCUGCCAAGAGUUCUAUGCAGCCCUGCACCCUUUUCGGAAAGCUUAUAUAGGAUCCAGUUCCCUAGAGGUCUACAAGAAGAUCUAUGACUCUGUGUCAUACGAUGAUAAAGAAUGGCAUGAAUGUCUGAUGUGUCGGAUGGUUAUGUCACUGUCAGGGUUUAUUGGCUUGGUUGAAUCCUUCGCUACCUAUCAAGGUUUCCUGGAGAAAGAUCCUGUUGAGGCCAAGAGACUGUCUGAGACCAUCACAGACCGGUUGUUGGAAGCAAUGGGAGCCUCAUCAACUGACACAGAAGUAACAGUGAUAGUGAAAUAUUUCUAUUUAUUAGCCUCUAAACCACAGAAAUCCUAAAAUAUUUCAAACCCACAGAACCCUCUCUGUUUAAAAUGCCUCUCAAUAUUUCUAAAAACAAUAAAGCAUUUGUGUUUUAUUUUUGUUCUAAAAAAUUUGAACAAUAAACACUUAACAUAAAACUUGCAUUAUUAUAUCAUGAGUUUACUGUUUCUAUGAACAUGAAAAAU